UGAUAACAUUUAUUGAUAACAAUCAGGGCCUUAAUACUCUCUAGAAUAUACUGUAUUUUUAUAGGCUGGAAGUAGUUGCAGUUCUUAAAUACUUUCCAGUUAUUUUUGUUUUUUAUAGAAAGCAUCUGUCAAAAAAAAAAGGAGAAAAAAAAGGAGGAUCUAAUUUUUUAUUCUGUCAUUAGGUAAGCCUGACAGUAAGCAGAACAUGUUCUAAAAGUUUGCAUCGUAUUAUUGAUGUUCAGAUACUAGAAUUGGACAGCCUAAUCAGAUAGAACAAAGAAUUAACAUUAAAAAAAAAAUACUGUGUGAGAUAAGGACUUUUUAAACUCAGAUACAAGGCACAUAAUGAAUACGUUCAAGUUAAUGCCUUCAGAACAGACAACAGUUAUGUGACUUUAUGGCAGAGGAAAUAGUGGAUGAGGAUUAUGCUGGUUAUUUACCAGGAGACAUGGAGAAAAUUGUUGGAUUAAAAAUACCUCCUAGAAACCUAAGCUGCAAACAGACACAAGAAAAGAAAGUUACGUGGCCUUAAAAAUUGUGAGGCACAAAAUGGACAUUUUCUCCUCUCUUUAGAUAGAUCAAAAACUGUCUCUACAGGAGCAUUCUCCAGAAUUGUAGACCAAAGUUGUCUAUUGCAUUUAGCUGUGAAGAUGCAAGACACAAGCUACCAGAAUCUCUGCUAUCGUUGAUGUUGAGACUGAGCGAGAGGAAAGCUGGUAAUGCAGGGGAGGGAGCAUGGGAGCAUAUGUGUAAGGUGCUAUUUAUAUUUCUAUUGUGGUAUAAGGGUCUUUUAUAUAUAGGUCAUUUCUUGCAGCAUUUGACUAAUAAAUCAUGCUUAUCACAUUUCAUUUUUAUCAGAUUUAUAUAUUCCUAAUAAAAAAAAUUAAAGCCCGAAAGCACUGUAGUAAUAUUGUUUUUAUUUGUGACUCAUGCAGUGACUAUUAUCCUGUACAGGUGACUCAAACUUCUCUUUCUUUUUAUCUUGAAGAAUGUGCUGCACCCAAGACUACCGAAAGAAUACAGCCUAAUGGCUACUUUCCUACAUGUAUAUUGUUAUGGGCUCUUUGAAGAAAUAGAAUGUUUAAAAUCUUUCAUGAUUGGAAACAUGAAAAGGGAAAGCGGUGAGUCGCAGGAAAUCCUUGAAAACACCGAGUAAUUGAGGGCUACAAGAAGAUUUGGAGAGAUCUGAAGAAUUUUAAAAGCCUUUUCUUAAAGCUGAUACAUGUGCUGAUACGUUGAGCCUGAAAUUCACAAUCAGAUUCCUGUGACUGAAUCUGAACAUGUAAGGAUCAUGACUGAAACUGCAGUUUGCAUUGGAACAUUCACUGCUGUGAAGACACUUUGGGAAGUGAGAAUACACAAGAUAAAUGAAGAAUUACAGAAAGAAAAGGAAUUCAGACAGAGGUCUGCAGGAAGGCUACUACUUGUCUGGGAGGAGAGAGCUGCUUUAGCAAAGCUCAAAGAAAAAGUUAUUAAUGAAGAUGGAAGAGCAAUUUUAAGGAUAGAGGAAGAAGAAUGGAAGACACUACCUUCCUGCUUAUUGAAACUAGUCCAUCUCCAGGAAUGGCAGCUUCAUAGAACUAGUUUGCAGAAAAUUCCUCAGUUCAUUGGAAGAUUUCAGAGUCUUGUUGUUCUAGAUCUAUCCCGGAACUCAAUUGAAAGUAUACCUAAAGAAAUUGGCCAGCUGACUAGCCUCCAAGAGCUGCUUCUCAGUUACAACAGAAUAAAGUCUGUUCCUAAGGAAAUAAGUAACUGUGUCAGUCUGGAAAGAUUGGAAUUGGCUGUCAACAGGAGUAUCUGUGAUCUUCCUCCUCAGCUCAGUGAUUUAAAGAAGCUUUCACAUAUAGAUUUGUGCAUGAAUCAGUUUACUACCAUCCCUUCAGCUCUUCUCAACAUGCCAAGUCUACAGUGGUUAGAUAUGGGGGGAAAUAAACUCCAGGAGCUUCCUGAGGCAAUUGACAGAAUGGGAAAUCUCCACACUUUAUGGCUCCAAAGGAAUGAGAUAAACUCUUUGCCAGAAACCAUUAGCAAUAUGAAAAAUCUCAGUACUCUUGUUCUUAGCAAUAACAAACUUAAGGAUAUUCCAGCCUGUAUGAAGGACAUGACAAAUCUGAGAUUUGUCAACUUCAGAGACAACCCACUGGAGUUAGAGGUAACGCUCCCUCCGUGUGAGAAUACAGAAGAGGAGGAGCAACAGGAAAUGUUUGGCAUUGAAUUCAUGCACAUGUAUAUCCAGGAGUCACUCAAGAAAAGAGGAAAUCUGGAAAGCUGUACUUUUGGUACUUCUGUCAUAAAUGAUAAUGAAUAAAGAACGUAACUGUGAAUGGAAGAACAUAUCAAGUAUACUUCCUGGAAAAGCAGCACACAGCAGGUUUUAAACGUUCUUGGGC